UUUUUUUUUUUCUUCUUUUGAUUGUAGCUUCCGGUGCCGCUGUGUCUCCGGUUUGGCCGGUCAGGCAGGGAGGAAUUAAACAUGAUGUCAAUGGAUUUUCUGGACGAUGUUAGGAGGAUGAACAAGAGACAGGUGAGAUAAAUGGCCCAGUGGGAGUAAUUACUGCCAGGAAUCCACCAUGGCAGAGAGAGAGACAGGUAUCCACCAUGGCAGAGAGAGAGAGAGACAGGUAUCCACCAUGGCAGAGACAGAGAGAGACAGGUAUCCACCAUGGCAGAGAGAGAGAGACAGGUAUCCACCAUGGCAGAGAGAGAGAGAGACAGGUAUCCACCAUGGCAGAGACAGAGAGAGACAGGUAUCCACCAUGGCAGAGAGAGAGAGACAGGUAUCCACCAUGGCAGAGAGAGAGAGAGACAGGUAUCCACCAUGGCAGAGACAGAGAGAGACAGGUAUCCACCAUGGCAGAGACAGAGAGAGACAGGGAUCCACCAUGGCAGACAGAGAGAGAGAGAGAGAGACAGGUGGCAUCCACCCUCCAUGGCAGAGAGAGAGACAGGCAUCCACCAUGGCAGAGAGAGAGAGAGAGAGAGGACAGGUGGCAUCCACACCAUGGCAGAGAGAGAGACAGGCAUCCACCAUGGCAGAGAGAGAGAGAGAGAGAGAGAGAGAGACAGGCAUCCACCAUGCAGAGAGAGAGACAGGUAUCCACCUCAUGGCAGAGAGAGAGAGACAGGCAUCCACCAUGGCAGAGAGAGAGACAGGCAUCCACCAUGGCAGAGAGAGAGAGAGACAGGUAUCCACCAUGGCAGAGAGAGAGAGAGAGACAGGUAUCCACCAUGGCAGAGAGAGAGAGAGACAGGUAUCCACCAUGGCAGAGAGAGAGAGAGACAGGUAUCCACCAUGGCAGAGACAGAGAGAGACGGGUAUCCACCAUGGCAGAGACAGAGAGAGACGGGUAUCCACCAUGGCAGAGACAGAGAGAGACGGGUAUCCACCAUGGCAGAGACAGAGAGAGACGGGUAUCCACCAUGGCAGAGACAGAGAGAGACAGGUAUCCACCAUGGCAGAGACAGAGAGAGACAGGUAUCCACCAUGGCAGAGACAGAGAGAGACAGGUAUCCACCAUGGCAGAGACAGAGAGAGACAGGUAUCCACCAUGGCAGAGACAGAGAGAGACAGGUAUCCACCAUGGCAGAGACAGAGAGAGACAGGUAUCCACCAUGGCAGAGACAGAGAGAGACAGGUAUCCACCAUGGCAGAGACAGAGAGAGACAGGUAUCCACCAUGGCAGAGACAGAGAGAGACAGGUAUCCACCAUGGCAGAGACAGAGAGAGACAGACAUCCACCAUGGCAGAGAGAGAGAGACAGGCAUCCACCAUGGCAGAGAGAGAGAGAGAGACAGGUAUUCACCCAUGGCAGAGAGAAAGAGAGAGAGACAGGUAUCCACCAUGGCAGAGAGAGAGAGAGAGACAGGUAUCCACCGUGGCAGAGAGAGAGAGAGACAGGUAUCCACCGUGGCAGAGAGAGAGAGAGACAGGUAUCCACCGUGGCAGAGAGAGAGAGACAGGUAUCCACCGUGGCAGAGAGAGAGAGACAGGUAUCCACCGUGGCGGAGAGUGAGAGACAGGUAUCCACCGUGGCGGAGAGAGAGAGAGAGACAGGUAUCCACCAUGACAGAGAGAGAGAGACAGGUAUCCACCGUGGCAGAGAGUGAGAGAGAGAGACAGGUAUCCACCGUGGCAGAGAGAGAGAGACAGGUAUCCACCGUGGCAGAGAGUGAGAGAGAGAGACAGGUAUCCACCGUGGCAGAGAGUGAGAGACAGGUAUCCACCAUGAGAGAGGAGUACUAUUAUUCUCCAAUUUAGAGAGAGAGAGAGACUAACAAGUGUCCACUCAUGGUAGAGAAAGGGAGGAGAGGUUAUUGUCCACUAUGCAUGUUGUUGGACAGGUUAGGAAAAGUGUAUGUAUGCAGCUGCCUUUUCUUUAAUGGUCUGAUUUCUAGACUAGAGCCUAUGCAUGCCGUGUACAGCAGAAUCUAUAGGUUUCUCGGAGAACAUGGUGACUCUAGUUAACCUAGAUUAAGAUGAUGGAGGGUAGCUCUGCAAGAAGUGAGACCGCCAAAUGCUUGAAUUAGUGACAGUAAGCACAGAUUACUCUGUAUAAAAGAGCCUCAGGCGCUAGAUCUCCUCUUGGGGACAAGGCCCCUCUUUAUCUUUCGUAUCGGUCUGUUUAUAUUGUACUGUUGUUUUCCUCCAUUUUAAAGCUCUGUGGAAUAUGUUGGCACUUUAAAAAUGCCAGUAAUAAUGCGGUAACAUUCUCCAUCCUCAGAACUGAUCAUACGUUCUCUGCAUUUCCCAUUUCCUGCUUCUUAAAGGAACACAGUAACAUUCCAAAUACAUAUAUUUCUUGAUAACAUUAGGGUCUCCAUAUGUUAUUGGACCCCACUGUUUUUAAAUAAAACAUGAGACGAAAAAGGCUUUAACCCUUUAAGGACCAAACUUCUGGAAUAAAAGGGAAUCAUGACAUGUCAGACAUGUCAUGUGUCCUUAAGGGGUUAAACGUACCUGUAAUGCAGUGCCAGUCUCCUCACACCAGCCGAUAAUCCUUGUGAGAUAUUUAGGAUUAAUGAUCUCUAUCCAAUGCUUCUCAUAGAGAAGAGCACUUGCACAACAAUCCCUGUGAUCCUCUAGUCAAUGCUUUUCAUGGAGAAACAUUAGGAGUUUGUGUUUGUACUCACUUUUCUAGUUAUUUUUCUGUCACUUUUCCCAUUUGCAGCCAUUUUUUUAAUUACUGCAACACAUCUUUCAUUUACCUGUAGCAUUGUGGCAGCCCCACACAAAUGUGUCCCUGCCAAUGUAUUUUAAAAAUUAAAAAGUGCAACAAUCCACCUCCAUUUUAUUUUGUCACUGUACUUUUUAAAAUCUUACUAAGCCCUUCAUAUUGUGAAUGAAGGCAUGAAUGCCUGUUCCAACUACCAGCACACAGUAAUAGAAUGUGGUGAAAAUUUUACAUCCUCAAGGCAUUAGAAGCACCAGUUCCCUUAAAAAUGGAGGUAUAGGAACAAUUGUAAAUUGCUAACCUAAGUUUGCAAAUUCUAAAAUAUAAGAGAGCCCUAAGAAACCCAUUAGUUUAUGCAAUCCUUUUUUCAGCGACAGAAUGAUUUUAUCACCCCCGCUUGUUUUUAUAUGUACUGAAUUAGUUUUGUUACAGGUAUACAUGUAUCUGCUCUUAUUUUCGUGCAGUGUUAAGGGACACUCUAGGCACUAUAAACAGGUGUGGUAUGAAGGUAAUUUGUUUUAAAUUGGCAUGUAUUGAAUGGAUAAUCACAAAUAAUACAUCAAGUAUGACACCGUACGUCAGUACAAUAAAGACACGGAUACGUUCUCAUUAUCUGAUGGUAAUUUGUCAAACCAUUUACAAAUGAUUUGACACUUACCUUGCUGUGUCGCUCACAAGCGAUCCUUCUGGUCAGUAAAUUGAUCAUUUGAAGAUCAUUACCAGAUUGAAACAAGAUACAGGGAUGCAAAAAAUUUUUAUUAAAAACAAUCUACUUUUCCAAGUGGUCACACAAUCAACUUGUCCUGACACAAAAUAGUUUUAAUUGAUAUUGAUAAACUCAGAAUUUUCACAAAAUAAAUCUGAAAGGAAAAAUGGUGGCAAAAAGUAGAUACUGUGGAACAAUUCUCUACCACUGUUAUGGUCAUGGUCACAACAUCGCUAUAUUUGCCUCAGUUUUGCCAGUUGGAAUUCUUUAGCAAAAAUUCAGUCUUGCAAAUACCCUGAGUCUUAAGAUCUGUCCACUAUUCUUUCUCACAGUGUGUGCAGUCUGUGUGUGAUGUGCCUGCUGAGAGUACUGACUGUGCUUUAGUGCAAGUCACACACACACACUCAUUCUCUGACACUCGCACACAGUACAGAUUACCACCAGCAGCCUGUUUCAUGCUGCUUCUACUCAUAAACAAAAUCUUGACUGCUUCUUGCACUUCCCUGUGUGCUGCAGAGUGUCACAGUUAGGACAUCCCGGAAUGCCAGUCUGGCUUUGCACAUGCCGUUGAGACGCUACCUGCCUGACACUAAUUACCCUAAAACCACAAACGGCAGAGCUAAAUAAUAAAAACAAUCAUCCUGCUUGGCACCUGGAACUGCAUAUCCUGGGCAUUGGACAAUAUACAUUCCACAUCCCUGAUAUACAUGGCCUGAGAACCAUCACCUGAUACCCUUAGCCAGUGAGUACUGUCCACACCUAGUAUUAGCUGGUAUGAUAAUGCAGCAGUGUGUAGUUCUACUUUAUCAGACCAAAUAAGAGGAAGGACUAUGGGUACCCAACACAAAACAAACUAUUCAUAAACGUUUUGACAGAUUACUGUCAGGUGGCCUCUGAGGAGUCCUGGCACCAUAAUUAUGAUACAGUGGGUGUCAUAUUAUUUUAUAUAUUAAACCCAAUAAAAGAUCUGCUUGAAAUGUAUAGCUUUGGUUGCCUCAAAGUUUAAAGGGCUCUGCCAUAUAAGGUCACACCACUAUAAGAACUGGCACUUAAAUUAGCUGUAAUGAAUCCAAUUUAGAAACAAAGCACAUCUUAUCUGUAAUUUAGAUAAUAAGCUUACUACAGUCAGUUUUUGUGAGAGAACUACAAAUGAACCUUUCCUCAGUGGUGUAUUUGAGUAUUUAUGAGGUGUGCGUUAAAACCAAAAGGGGGAAAAAAGUGUAGGACCGCUUUUGGGAGCUUGUGUCUCCAUGUGGAAAUCAAUGAUUGCUUGUUCCAAACAGAAAAUAUUGCUGGUCUUGGACCUGUGUUGACAAGUAAAUUAAUGUUUCCUAUUUAAAAGUCCCAGAGAGUUUACCUAGGACACCCUUACCAGUAAUCUUGGAAAAAUUAAAACUCAACUCAAUAAUUAUUUCAGUUUGAUGUGAUAAUCAAACGGAGACUAGAUUCAUGGUUACCUGUCUAUUAAACCUCAGUCAUUGCUUUUAGAUGGCAUCAUGUUCCUUGUAGUUGUGAUAUGAUUUCUUGUUUUAAAGGGCUACUUCAGUGAAGUGGUCAAGGUGCCUGCAGUCUCUAUGUGCAGCCUUUCGCUUUUAAACUCUGCACACACUGAUUUUUAAUCCCUCUGGUGCUGGAGGUGUAGCUCCACCUGCGGCAAUGUCAUUGGAAUAUUGUCAGCCAGCCUGGAACUAGAGUUCUGGGCUAUUUAGAGGCAAUUCUGUGCAAAUUUUAAUGCACAGAAUCAAAUUCAUUGGCUGAGAACAUUCAGCUGACCGUCUCAACCAAUGAAUGAGUGACAGAAUUUGUGUCCAGUUUCUACAGUUGCCAGAUGUUAUAAAUCCUGCUCCAGUGGCGACCCAGCACCUGGCAGUACCAGCUAAGAGAGCAAACAUUGUAAAGCGGUUUGCCCUAUUACCAGGGAAUGGUGCCAGGAUACUGCCACCAUCAUAUUUAUUACAGCAGGCCAUAGUAUUUAUGAUGCUUGGAGUAACCCUUUAAGCUAAUUGGUUUUUUCUGUGAGAAUAGUGACCUAUAGUUACCUUUAACUAAUUGGGAAACAUUUGUUCCUUCUGAAUUCCAAGAAUGGAGCACUCAUUGGGUAGUUCCUAUUGAACUCGAUAGGAGCUCAAACCAUGUAGCUCAAUUUUCCAACAUUUCCAAAUUUUAGUGUCAGACUUUUUUUUUGUGAACAAAUCCUUAAAUGUGAUUAUUUUAUUUUUCUAUAACGCUUCUUAAUUUGCAGCAAAUCCACACCUUACACCGGUCCUUUGCUAACUUUGAAGCUUUCGUGUGUUUUCCAUAUAUUCUCAAUGUGUGGAGAGAUUGACAAUGAAUACUGAGUUUUCUUUUACAGCUUUACUACCAGGUGUUAAACUUUGGUAUGAUCGUGUCCUCUGCACUGAUGAUCUGGAAGGGACUAAUGGUGAUCACCGGCAGUGAAAGCCCUAUAGUGGUUGUUCUUAGGUAUGACCUUUCAUUUUACCCUCUUUAUUUAUUUUUUCCAGUUAUAUUUCUUUUGCUUGCAGGUUAAUAGCACAUAAGAGCAGGGCUUGCUCGGUUUACUUGCCUUAUAAAUCCAUACAUAGAAGCCAUACUACUUUUAUUGAAAAGUUUAGAAAGUGCCAUCUUAUCCAUUGAAGAUUUAAAACAUUGUGUUAAAAUUUUGAUAAAUUACACUUUCGUAUUGUUGUGGUGCAAGGAGGUUAUGAAUGGAUUGUCAAAAACAAAAAUCAAAGGAUUUUCAACAAAUUUUACCCCUUCAGCUUGGAGAGAGAUAAUGAGGAAAUUUCAAUUCUGCAUUGCUGUUCCAAAAUAUAUAUACAGAGAGGGGGGUUAUUUGAUCCCAUGCUGAUUUUGAAUGGUUGCCCACUGACAAAGAAAUGAUCAGUCUAUAAUUUUAAUGGUAGGUGUAUUUUAACAGUGAGAGACAGAACAACAACAACAACAAAAAAUCCAGGAAAACGCAUGUCUAAAAAGUUACAAAUCGAUUUGCAUGAGUGAAAUAAGUCAAUCUUGCUGAUUGAUAAGUAUUUGAUCCCCCUAUCAAUCAGCAAGAUUUCUGGAUCCCAGGUGUCUUUUAUACAGGUAACGAGCUGAGUUUAGGAACACUCUUUUAAAGGGAGUGCUCCUAAUCUCAGCUCGUUACCUGUAUAAAAGACACCUGUCCACAGAAGCAAUCAAUCAGGUUCCAAGCUCUCCACUAUGGCCAAGACCAAAGAGCUGCCCAAGGAUGUCAGGGACAAGAUUGUAGACCUACACAAGGCUGGAAUGGGCUACAAGACCAUUGCCAAGCAGCUUGGUGAGAAGGUGACAACAGUUGGUGCGAUUAUUCGCAAAUGAAAGAAACACAAAAUAACUGUCGGUCUGAUGCUCCAUGCAAGAUCUCACCUCGUGGAGUUUCAGUGAUCAUGAGAACGGUGAGGAAUCAGCCCAGAACUACACGGGAGGAUCUUGUUAAUGAUCUCAGGGCAGCUGGUACCAUAGUCACCAAGAAAACAAUUAGUAACACACUACGCCGUAAAGGACUGAAAUACCGCAGCGCACGCAAGGUCUCUCUACUCAAGAAAGCACGUGUACAGGUCCGUCUGAAGUUUGCCAGUGAACAUAUGAAUGAUUCAGAGGAGAACUGGGUGCAAGUGUUGUGGUCAGAUGAGACCAAAAUCAAGCACUUUGGCAUCCUUGGAGGAGGAGGAAUGCUGCCUAUGACCCAAAGAGCACCAUCCCCACCGUCAAACAUGGAGGUGAAAACAUCAUGCUUUGGGGGUAUUUUUCUGCUAAGGGGACAGGACAACUGCACCGCAUCAAAGGAACAAUGGAUGGGGCCAUGUACUGUCAAAUCUUGGGUGAGAACCUCCUUCCCUCAGCCAGAGCAUUGAAAAUGGGUCUUGGGUGGGUAUUCAAGCAUGACAAUGACCCAAAACACACAGCCAAGGCAACAAGAAGUGGCUCAAGAAGAAGCACAUUAAGGUCCUGGAGUGGCCUAGCCAGUCUCCAUACCUUAAUCCCAUAGAAAGUCUGUGGAGGGAGCUGAAGAUUCUAGUUGCCAAAUGUAAGCCUCAAAAUUAUGACUUGGAGAGGAUCUGCAAAGAAGAGUGGUUCAAAAUCUCUCCUGAGAUGUAUGCAAAACUAGUGGCCAACUACAAGAAACAUCUGACCUCUGUGAUUGCCAACAAGGGUUUUGCCACCAAGUACUAAGUUGAAGGGGUCAAAUAUUUAUUUCACUCAUUGACAUGCAAAUCAAUUUAUAACUUUUUUGACAUGCGUUUUUCUUGAUUCUUUUUUUUUUUUUAAUUUUUUUUUUUUGUUAUUCUGUGUCUCACCGGUAAAAUACACCUACCAUUAAAAUUAUAGACUGAUCAUUUCUUUGUCAGUGGGCAAACGUUCAAAAUCAGCAGGGGAUCAAAUACUUUUUCCCCUCACUGUAUGGGUAAAUAGAUUGUGGUCAUAUCUAACCAUCCUGGUGCCACUGAAUUUAUAGAAGAUGUCUUUAACCCCUUAAGGACACAUGACGUGUGACAUGUCAUGAUUCAGUUUUUAUUCGAGAAGUUUGGUCCUUAAGGGGUUAAACUUCUUUUCCCUUCCUAAGGGGAGAGGAUGGGCUGUGGAGUGCUGAGAAAAUGCAGGUUUUUGUUUGUUUGUUUUUUUUAGGUAAAUGAGCUGUAAAAUCUACUAACGACCCUUCCUACAUGUUCUUUGAUCACCAAUGCCCAAACAUGCGUGUCUGAGGUGUAUCUUGAAAAUGAGAAUUUGUUCUUCACAGUUGACAGUGUAUUUCUGUAGCUGAAGGUUCAAGCCUUACUUAGCUUACCCAUCCAAUUGACUUGGAGAUCUGAUUGUAUCGAGAUUGUCUGGGUCAAAGGGGAAAACCGAUGAAAUUAUUUUAUUAAACAGGAAUCUAGAUCCCUAAAUCUGAAACAGAAAUUGAAUACCUCUACAUUAAAAAUAUGUAUUGUUAUUGUAGUGUUCCUUUAACUGUAAUGCACUGAGGAGAAACAUGGAUUUUUUUAAUUAAUUUUUUUACACAAGCCUAAGGCAGUGGUUCGGUUUUAUCUCCAACAAUAAAGCAAUUUCUUAGUGUUGCAAAAAAUAUAAUAUACCAAAAUCUUCCAGCAGGCGUAGCAAUGUAAUCUAGUCUCACCAGAAAGUGUAUAGAUUAAUGGACAUGCUAAUUUGAACCUGAAGUCUGCUGCUGCUUUCAUGAUGAUGGCCAGUGCAUUGGAGCACUUAUGUAUGUAGCGACUGGACCUGAUAUGUGUUGUUAUGUAACUUGUCCGUCAUCCAUGUCAUGUGAUAUUCUUUUCUAUUAUUUUAAUAAUAAUUAUUAUUUCAUGACUCCGUGAAGGCAUUCUCCUUCACUGCACUUUGUCAGUGCCUGAGCAUUGUUUCAUAUGGAACAAAACUUAACCAUGUGUCUUGCAAUGCUUCUGGGUUUCUGAUGCUGAAUCUCAGUGACAUUAGGGGAGAAGGCGUUCACAGGCCAUUCUCCUAACACAAUCAUUAUGGCACUACUUCUGCCACCAAUAUGUUUGUUUUUUAUAAAUACCGGUAGUUUGCCAAAAUCUUAAAAUUGGGGGUAAAGAAUAGAACGAGAAAAAAACAAGACACUCGUAUCCAUUUUAUAUAAAAAGUCUAAGCAGACUCCAAAAUAACUUCAUUAUAGUAGUAAUUUGAAGCGUAGAUGCUGUCUCCUUUGCAAACAAUGUUAUUUCUGGAAAAUGGCACUGUUUAAAUUAACCCCCCACUCUUAUACACACACCUCAAAUGACUAUCGGACCAUGGGGAUUGCCACUUGUGUCCACAAUGCUUCUCUGUGAUAAGAGCGCUGUGGAAUUUGUUGGCGCUAUAUAAAUAACACAACGUCAUCAAACUUUGACUUAACAGGAGUAUUGGGCUUCAAUGUGGCGUGUUUUCCAGUGCUGAAUUUUACAAUUAUUGUUAUGGGAGGGGGGUGAAUCUAAACAGAUAAAGAAACAGCAGACUUUUCUUUUUAUAAAAUUUUUUUUUUUUUUUUUUAAAUCAUUCACCUUUUCUUUGAUGCAAUAGGGCCAUCAAAAAGGAUAAAUCAUGGCAGAACAAUUAAGAUGUAGAGUAUAUAUACUGCCCUUUCGUGAUGCUAGUUAUGUUGUGUGUAUUGCACCAUGUAUCUGCUGGUCAUAAAAAUUAAACUGGAUGCAUGAUCAUUUUAAAGGUGGUCAAUUCUGGUUUCUUCUGUUCUCCUCUAUUUUAGCAUGUAGUAAACCUGACAAAGUGUUUUAUUUGGAUAGAGCAGUCUGGCAUUCAUUAGGCUUAAAUGGGGCCAUCACUUAUGGAUUUAUUGCCAUUUCAAUGAAAAUACAUAAAGAUGAUACAAUAAAGUUGUUGUAAAACUGGAAAGUAAAUUUUGUUCUUUAUACUUACCCUGCCGUUCAAGGCAGAAGUUCUGUUUCCGUGAAUAACUGCAUAUGCACCUCCAUGCACAUGUGCCUUUAUUUUAUAAUGCUGGCUGUUGCACAAUUGUGUGAUAGUAAGAUUGGUAGUCAAUGAUUGACUGCUGCCUACCUAAAAUGGGGAGGUGCUGCCCACCCCCCACAAAGUAAAAUGUUUAAAUUGCUACUUUAUUAAAUUAUCUAGCAACAUGCAAUCGUACAUUCCAGUGACCUGUCCUCUCUUUUUUUAUUUUUUUUUAAUAUGAUUGUUUUUUUUUUGUUUUUUUUUCUAACAUUUGCUAGUCAUCAAGUAUUAUCUUGAUAGCUGUUAAGUUAAUGACCCUGGCUUAUGAGAAUCUCGACCUCAUCAGAUGGCAGCUAAUCAUUAUUAUGCAAAUUUCACAGAUAACAGUAUUUUUCUUGCGAUGAUCUCACACAGACCUGUCCUCAAGGUUUCGCUGCUAAUCAACUUACCCUUUUGCUUAUCUCAUGCCCACUUAUUUGUUUGUUCUUCCCCAGUCUGCUAUAUAUCUUUAUUUUGAUUGAUAGCUUAAUAAAGCAAAUACUUACAACACCUGACAUCUUUUCCUCAAAUUAAUGGAGAUUACCUUUAAAGGUCACAUACUUCUUAGCGCUAUUGCCUCUGGUCUUAUUUGGAUGUCCCCCGGUGUGUGUGUAAAUAUCAAGAAGCGUGUUUGUAGGAUAGUAGCAUGCUGGAUCUUAAAGAGCAAUUGACUUGGAAGGUUGUAAAAGUCAAUGGAAAGGUUUUAUGAAUUUGUCCUUUUACAUUGUUUUCUCAAUCCAAUGGACCAGUAUUUUUGAGAAAAAAACAAUAAAAUAUAUAUAUAUUUAUUUAUUUAUUUUCUUAACAUUCAUCCUUUAUGUUUAAAUAAUUCCAGUUUCAUUCUACUUCCACAAUUAAGAAAUUGAACAAACAUUUAUAAAAUAUGACAGGGCUCAUAUACCAGAUGGCUAUGUGCUGCUACAUUGUUUGUCCCUUCCCCCUCUGAUACCAGGGAGCAUUACAGCGAUUCCUUGGGGGUAAAGUCUUGUCAUCUACCCACUGAAUUGACCGGUUUCAACAUGUCUGCCCAAACUUUCUUAGUCCAGGUAGGCAAAGUCAUCUUCCAGCUAAUCUAGACAUCUCUGCCUGCCAUCUUCUAGGUCCUCAGUCUCUGUAGCCGGUCCCAGCUGCCUUUGGUCCUUCCAUUGGAAUCACUGAAAAAGUUAGCCUGAAUUUUUUUAUAUAUAUAUAUAUUUUUUUUUUUUUUAACUUAGAAUUGCCUUUCACAACUCUACAUGCAUUGUGAUAAGAAUUGCAAAACACAUAAAACAUUAUGGGGAAACAUAGGCAGGCAGAUGUUUACAUUGAAAUAAACCCAUGUAGUGCUCUGAGCACGGGCAUGCUAACGUGUGGUGUUACAGAUAAAACAUUGCAGUUCACAUGCCAGAGCUCAAAAUUUUCUCUAGCCAUUGGCAAGUGAAAGUUUAGCCCUGGUGUGUGCCAUCCACCAUUCACACUUGCAGUGGCGAGUAACUUUUAAGGCCUGACUAGUAGUGUAGGACUUUUCAGAGAAACUGCUAUGUUUACAAAUGGGUUAAUCCAGCCUCUAGUGGCUGUCUCAUUGACAACCACUAGAGGCGCUUCCGUGCUUCUUACUGUGAUUUUCACAGUGAGAAGCCACCAGCGUCCAAAGGAAAGCAUUGAGAAUGCUUUCCUAUGGACUGGCUUAAUUACGUUCAGCCGAUGACUGGAGAGUGUUUUAACCCCCUUCCUCCCCCUUCAGUCCGGCGAGUGGGGGCACCCUCAGGGCACUAUAGUGCCAGGAAAACGAGUUUGUUUUCUUGACACUAUAGUGGUUCUUUAAGCCCUACAUUGUGUGCUAGGUAUUGUUCUGUUUGCUAUAUAACUUAUCUGGGUUCUGUGUGGUGGCUUCUGUAGGAGAAUCUUGAUUGCUCUGUAAAGAAAAGCAGGACUAUACUGAUUGGCUGAGCGCAUCGGCUGAGCGCAUCAGCUGAGCGUUCUUAGCCAGGGAACGUGGUCCUGCAUCUGCUAUGCUUUAUUCUAUUGCUACAUCUAGCUUCUCCUACAGGCAGGUAAGUUGUCAAAAUAUACAAAAAUGGUUCCCGUGGCAAGGUCCGGAAGUGGUUCUGGUGCUUAGUGUGUACCUUUUAAAGUCUUGGUUUUAAAAUGUACAAACAUUUCUUCUUCUGGUCAGACGUGAACGAUAAAUAGGAUUUUGAAACUCAUUUGUACAUUUCCAGAUUUUACUAGUUCCCCUUGUGGAGUGGAUUCUGAUCAUUCCUUUUAGACCAUGUACAUGCAACACAGAAAGUGCAUACAUUUUGCAGACCUGAGUCAAUAUGUAAAACAGUGUCUCCCAAGGCCUCACUGUGUGCUCUUUGUGUCUGGAAAUGGUUCUACUGCCUUGAAUGAAAUAUUGAUCUGGCCUAAAACUAAAGAUUUAUUUUCUUUGUAUUGAGUCAUGUUUGGCUUGUCUUUCAUGUCUUUUGUUAAUCUGUGUAUAUUUUCAAUAUUGUGAUAGCUUUCAUUUUAUGUUUUAAUAUCCCUUCUAACAUUCCAUAACAAGCAGAGAUAUCAGAAUUACCAAGUGGUUCAGGGGGAAGGGAGUAGAUUUAUGUAAGGAACCAAGAAACAUUAAAGGGACUGUCAAAACACCAUAACCCGUAGGUGAUGGAGAAAGUAUGUCCCUUGUGGGGUUCUGCCUUAGCAGUGUUUUUCUGCCCAGUGAUGCUUGAGGAUUCCUAUUGAGAAAAAACAAAAACAAAAAAACAUAUUUUGGGUUUCUGUAUUCUGGUCUUUUAAAUUGUCAUUACAUCAUCCUCUUCAUUCGAGGGGUGAACAAAAAUAUUCUCUUCUGUCCGCAGUGGCAGUAUGGAGCCAGCUUUCCACCGAGGGGACCUCCUUUUCUUGACCAACCGUGUAGAUGAUCCCAUCAGAGUGGGCGAAAUUGUGGUCUUCAGGAUAGAGGGGAGAGAAAUUCCCAUUGUGCAUCGUGUCCUGAAGAUCCACGAGAAGUAAGUGUAGGUCUGAGUACGGGUGGGUUUAUGAAAAUUACAGUGUGUUUUUGUGCAUUUUAUUAUUUCAUUAACGCUUUCUCUUUAUGCCCUUUCAGUGUGAACUAAUUGGCACAGAUUUAUUCUCUGAAGGCUUGAUGCACUAGGCAGUUAAUUGUGGUGACAUGAAAACAGAUUUGUAAAAUUCAAGCUAAAAUAUUCCAUCUCCGUUACUGAAUUCUUUAAUUCUCUCUAAAAUUAUUACAAUUCAGAUUUUACUUCACUCUAGUUAUUUGUAUAGUAAAUUAACCACUGUUUCAGUUCAGUUGGCCUGAAAGCAUUAAAGGACCACUAUGGUGCCAGGAAAACAUACUUGUUUUCCUGGCACUAUAGUGCCCUGAGGGUGCCCCCACCCUCAGGGACCCCCUCACGCCGGGCUCUGCGGAGAGGGAGGGAGGGGUUAAAAUCUUACCUUUCUCCAGCGCUGGGUGGGGAGCUUUCCUUCUCCUUCCUAGCGACGUCAUCGGCUGAAUGCGCAUGCGCGGCAGGAGCCGCGCGCGCAUUCCGCCAGUUCAUAGGAAAGCAUUUAUAAUGCUUUCCUAUGGACGCUGGCGUCUUCUCACUGUGAUUUUCACAGUGAGAAGCACGCAAGCGCCUCUAGCGGCUGUCAGUGAGACAGCCACUAGAGGCUCUAGAGGCUGGAUUCACCCUCAGUGUAAACAUAGCAGUUUCUCUGAAACUGCUAUGUUUAUAAAAAAAAAAGGGGUUAACCCUAGCUGGACCAGGCACCCAGACCACUUCAUUAAGCUGAAGUGGUCUGGGUGCCUAUAGUGGUCCUUUAAUGGUGGUUGACCAGUGCUUAAAGGGCUGGAGAAACUCAAUGUGGCCUGAUUCUCUGAUACAAGCAGGCACACAUUGUGAAUAUGCAAUCCUCUCAGCUGAGAAUUGAAUAACCGGUGAGAGAUGAGACUAAAUAUUUACAUAACAUUUAAAGCAGAACUGUCCAUUCCUGAGGUGUUCCUUCACCCCACUAAACACAAUUACAGUAUGUACUCUAAGUGAACAGAGCAGCAGAGGUGAAAAAUAAAAUAGCCUUGGUUGCAUUUUCCGCCUUGGUUGCUCGCUUGGCAUCGAUUUGGGGGAAAUGUCAUACACUCACAUGCGCAUCCGGCAUGUAAACAAGCUGUGCCUUAGGAGAGUUGUUAACACAUUAGUGCACUUCGCCCGACAAAGUGUGUAAAUGAAAAUAAAAUACAUUUCAGACACUUUUAAUAUAACUUUAGCUUAACCUUUGGUUACCUUUUUAGGAUGUGCUGAAAUUGGGGAAGUGAAAGUUCCUCUUUCAGGCUUUUUCAUUUUUAUUUUUUCUUAAUCUUAAGGGAAAAUGGUGACAUCAAAUUCUUGACCAAAGGAGACAAUAAUGCAGUAGACGACAGAGGACUUUACAAGCAAGGCCAAAACUGGCUGGAGAAGAAGGAUGUAGUUGGACGAGCUCGGGGGUGAGUACAUAUGUUGCAGAAGGUAUUAUAUAAAGUUUACACCACUGAAUCAAAUCAUUUUAUCAGUGAAGACCUGUAAAUGGGGUAAUAGUUUGCAAAACGAGAUCGUUAUUGGUGCAAUGAGAGGAAACAAUGGUGGAGAAAUGCCUGACUUUCACCUUUACCGUGCCCAUCCAUUACAUCACAGCUACGUUCAUCAUGGAUUUACAUUAAAUAGAAACCGUUCAUUUUACAUUUAAAUCCAGAAUCCAAUGACUUGGCAAUGGCUUUUUUAUAAUCUGCAUACACAGCAGUUCAUUUUAAGUAGAGCCUGUCACCGGCUAAACAUGUGAUAAGAUAUACAUGUUUUAAAGGGACAAUAAGCAUAUUGAUUACUACAACCUAAUUCCAGUAUUAUUCAAGCUGCUUAAAAAAAAAUAUAUAUAUAUUUUAUUUUUUACAAAAAGCAGGCUUCAUUCACCAUAAUCCCUAAGAUCCACUGGUUAUAUUGUCAAGUACCGUGUAUUGUGCUACGAUACAUACAUACCUCAAGAUGUCUUCUCCUAGAUCGCUACCUGAGUGGAUGCAUGCUGUUAUUCAAAAAAAUACAAUCUAACAGAUUCUCAUGAAAGCUGUAUGGAUACAUUUGACUCCCAGGUCUCCAAGUUAUCCACACAUGCUCUUUUGUUACUGCAUUAACCAAAUGGACUGUAACUCAACCAUGUCUUUUGACCAGCGAAAAGGUUUACCAAGUCCACCACAAGGUUGAAUUAAACUCACUUUCAUCACAAGUGGCCUGUUUCUCAACAUAAGCUUGCCGUCAGUCUUUCAAAACAUAAUGUAUUGUUUGUUUGUCUGUCGAUAAAUAUCGAAUGCAUUGUUAUUUAUACUCCCUAUAUGGUCAUUCUCCUAUCAUUUCUAUUUUUUGGUAAGAUUUGUAGUGGGCUCUAGUGAACAGGCACAGAUUAGCUGUUUAACCUGCACUCCUUAUUUAUCUUCUACUUUAUCACUCCUGUUCCUCCUCCUUUCAUUUUAUCAUUGUAUCUAUUUAUGGUGAUCGGCGUAACAUACCAGGAUCUCAGAUACUGUCACAGAGCUAGAGUAGUAGCAGAUACUGUGGGUCUAGCCCAUUGGGUCGCUUGAUAUUGAACCUUUAUCUUCGGCCCAGCUAUAAAUAGGCCCCAAGGCACAUCUGCCGAUCAUGGUUUCCUUCAAGAGAUAUUGACUCUUAUAAACAAUUAAUAAACACUGGAAAUUGGCAGCAAAUAGCAGGCUUAAUUUGAAUUUGUGCUGCUAUUGAUGUGGACAAAUAAUUUUGAGUGGCUGAUAAGGCAAAGUAAACACUACACUUAAUGACAUGUCUGCAGUAAACGGCCUUUAGUCUAACUAUCUCUAUGGCCUCUAUCUUUCCCCCUGAUCCUUGUGUGAACAGUAACAGAGAUAUGUACUUUGUGUUGCCUGCUGUUUAAUCCAAAGGAGCUUGCUUUGUAAUCCAUCAGCUGACUUGGACAAUUUAACAUGUAGUUCAUUACAGCUGACUUAGCUCUGAAGUCACUGAGACUAGUUGUCCAUGGUGUAUAAAACUUCUUGUGACGUUUUUAUUAUUACCCCCUAUUUUGUAUACAUAGCAAAGAUAUUGCAUUAAAAAUGCUAAGCAAUUCAUUAAUGCUCACUGGUUAAAGUUUCCCUCUGUGUAUUGGGCUUGCCUCCACAGCUUGGGUUUCUGGGUUAAGUAGUAGUUUAAUAUGUAUAUGAUUGCAUUCGUGAACAAAGACAAAAAUCAUCAGGCUUGAUGCUUCAUAUAUGUUAUGCAAGUAAGCUGUUAUGUGUAAGUUCUGUCCAGUGGCGUACACACAACCCGUGGGGCCCCGGUGCGAAGACUGAUCCGUGGGCCCCCCCGCCCUCUUACUCUGCGUGGGCUGGGGCCACAGCACAAGGCGGCAGGCACCUGGUCACAGGGCUGCGACCGCAGUAUGUACGCCAGUGCAUGCAGAUACACAUACACUUAAAGGACCACUACAGACACCCAGAUCACAUCAGCUCAAUGAAGUGGUCUGGGUGCCAGGUCCCUCUAGUUUUAACCCUGCAGCUGAAAACAUAGCAGUUUCAGAGAAACUGCUAUGUUUCACUGAGGGUUAAUCCAGCCUCUAGUGGCUGUCUCAUUGACAGCCGCUAGAGGAGCUUCCGCGAUUCUCACUGUGAAAAUCACAUUGAGAAGACGCUGAACGUCCAUAGGAAUGCAUUGAGUAAUGCUUUCCUAUGGGCGGUUUGAAUGCGCGCGCGGCUCUUGCUAUGCAUGCGCAUUCAGAGCUGAGCGGUGGAUCGGGCGGAGAGAUCCCCAGCGCCAAGGAAGUCCGGCGCUGGAGAAAAGUAAGUGCUUAAGACACACACACACACACACUCACGAACAGACGCAUACACACUAGCUAACAGACACACACAUUUACUGACAGAUACACACUCAGUGACAGACAUACAUAGACACUCACUGACACACACACUCACUUACAAAACACACACAAACUAACACACACACACACACACACACUCUAACACUAAUACUUUUUUUUUUUCUUUUCUUUAAUCCCCCCAGCCUCCCUACCUUUUGGAGAGCUGAGGGGAUUCCCUGGGGUCCAGUGGUAUCACAGGGCAGGCAGGCGGGCGCGCGAGGAAGCACUCUCCCCUGAGUGCUUCCUGUUCAGCUCCCUCGCGCGCCGCGUAGGGAUGCCGGCACCAGAAGAUGACGUGGGGGAGGGUCUGUGAGAUUUCAGGGACCCUUAUUCAGUUUUUAAACUGCUUGAAAAUCGUUUAACAGUGAUUGGAGUGACCAUGCCAGGAGACUCUGGGAACUAUAAUCAAUUCAGUAGGAACCUACAGUGUCAGUUUAUGUGUUCUGAAGAACCUUUUGAACAUAAAUGCCCUUGCGAAAGCUUAGACCAUGUUGCAUGUACAAAUUGGCUAAAAUGAACACGGCCGUGCUAGAAAACAAAAUGUUUACAGCUGGCAGGUUAGCAGGUGCCAGAAGUGAAACUAUGUCCCUGUUAGAAAAGCUAAAUAUCUCAAAACUGGUGGGUGCCAUUUCAUGCUGAGGCUCUGCACAGAUUGGGUCCUUGCACUAACCACUUCACCAGUUAAUUAAACCCGUUAGAAUUAUGGCCUCUAUAUUUAAUAUUGUUCAAUAAGUUUUAAAAAUGAUUUCAUAUUUUUGGAUAAGCCUUUAAAAUUAUUUAAUGUUACGAAAAAUUUUAAGUCAUAUUUUCAUAAUGUUUGCUAUGCUAAUAUUUUUUUAUUUAUAAUUUUAUAUUUUAAUAUUGUAAUGUAUAAAACAGGUGGUCGGGGUGGACCUUAGACUACCAGCUGUUGUAGAAUUACAAUUCCCAUGAUGCUUUGCCUGCCUUAAAGGUGUACUUGAAGUACACAAACUGCUACAGAUUAUGGGAGUAGUUAUAGUCCUUAGUCUCCCUUUACAGGGAGAACUUUAAAUCUUCAUCCGCUAAUAGACUGCACUAGAUGAACCAGUACUUGGAAGCAAUGUGACAUUUACUAUCCAUGCAGUUGUCUAUCCAGGUAUUGCAUGUCUAGGCCAAUUAUUGCUCUUCAGACACCAACUCAUAUUUUAUAAUGUCUAAAUAGCCCUGUAACUCUUCAGAAUGAAUAGGUUAUAGGAUAAUUGGUGCAUGUCAGUGUAGCGUGUAUGGUAAUCAGCACUUCAUCUCACUGCACAGUCUCUUAACCCCCUAAUGUUACCCACCAAAGCGUUGCACAAGAACUGCCAAAAAUUCAUCUGAUAAAUACCGUUCCCAUGCCAAGUCCACAGGAUUUAUUAGUAGUCCUACACUGACAUGCGCAUAGGUCAUUGUCACUGACUCGCUUCAUUAACACACCAUGAAUAAUUCUGUGUCUUAUCCGCAUCAUGGAGGCAAGCAAACACAUCAAUACAGAAUACAUUACGAUCCCCCAAAGUACUGCAGGCUGCUACGCAAAUAUUGCCUUUUAAUAUUAUGCCGUCCUUGUUAUUAAUUUCUCAAACGCAAUAACGUUCUUCAAUUUUCAUAGAAAGUCAUUUUUUAUCAUUAUCUGUAUAGUGUGUUGUGAAUAUUUGACAGUUUUGCUUCAGUUCGAAAGUCUGCGAGGCAUAUUUUAAAUAAGAAAUAUCUGAAAUAUAUUAAGCAGAAACCUUACUGCAAGAAGGAGGAAUGUGCUUCUUAUUUUUUUUUUUUUCCUUUUGAGUUGUGAUCGCUGGUUUGUCACACUCCAGGCCCCCAGAUGUUAAUCGAAUCACCCCAAAAUUUUGUGAAAGGAAUAGAUUGACGGAGCAUUAUGAGUUGUAGCCGAACAUCUGGGAGGCUGUUUUUUUACGAGGUUUGUCUAUACCUGGUGUAAACAAACUUUUUUUUCUUUUUUUAUCUAUACUUUUGAAAGUGAUUUGUCUAUAUGUGCAUGUUUUGGGGGUGACACAUCCGCUUUUAUUCAACAGUAUAUUUUCUAGAGGAAAUGUGUAUAAAUGCUUACAGAAAAAUGUAUGAAAAAGCUGUAGAGUAAGAAAAAAAAGAAUGGAAACUUGUCUCAAAGACUGUUUUAUUUCAGGUUUGUUCCCUAUAUUGGAAUUGUGACGAUCCUUAUGAAUGACUACCCCAAAUUUAAGGUAUGUAAAAAUUUACACUAAUAGUCUCCCAGGCCUUUUUAAAGUAAACUGGACUCAUGAUUUUUAAAGGGAGUAACAAGUAAAAAAAAGCUGUAUUCUUGCCGAAUAAUAAAUAAGUUAAAAAUAAAAUAAAAACUUAAGUCAAGAACAAGCAAUAAUCUUAUAAAUGCAAUGCAGACAUGUAGAUACACAAGAAAGAGGAUCCCAGAUUAUUUGUACAAAUUAUGCAUUAAAUAUUCCCAUAUACAUGACCAUCGCAGACUGCCUUUCUAAUUUACUGGAAUAAACAAAUGAGGAACUGAGACCAGUAAACCUAAAUUAAAGCACUCCAUGGGAGAGUCUUGCUAUGUCUGUAAUUAAGUGCAUUACUCAACUGUGUUCACCCUAUGUUGUCAUCAAGAAAAAAAAAAAAAACCCUCUAUUUUUGACAAUGACCCUCUGAUACUUUAUGGAAGGAAAGAUAAGAGGACAAAGACCUAAGGAAAAUAAGUCUUAGCAUGGUCUAGCUCUAGCAGAUAAUAGAAAGGUGGAGGUGCCGUGGUGGUGGGAUUUGAUUUCCAAAGCACCCAAGUAUUUUGUAAGGUGCACAUUGUGUUUCAAACCUGAGCGGUUAGCUUAUCCAUCAGAUGUGUGUCCAUUAUUUUGAUUAGAACUGCUUCCAUAUUUGGUACCUUAGUAUGUAGCCAUGCUUGACUCAGUGUUCUGUGGGCUGCUGGGGUGAUUUUGUUAACAAUUUUCACCUCCUUGAAAGCAGUCUAAAGGUUUUAAUAAUAAGGACUAUGGGUCUUGAGCAGGGGUGCCCAAAAGGUAGAUCCCCAGAUUUUUUUAAAAUUACAACUUCCAUCAUUCUAUGUCAUUCUAAAGGCAUGCAAAGCAUCAUGGGAGCUGUAGUUCUAUAAUAUCUGGGGAUUUACCUCUUGGGCACCCCUGGUCUAGAGGUAUCUACCUUUUGAAUAACUGGGUUAGUAAGUUUUGAAUUUUAAUUUCCAGAACACCCUCACCUUGGGGUAAAAACCACCUUAUGGGGGCUUAUGAGCCUCUGUGACUGCACAGGUGCCAGCCUGAAUCAGAGGGCUUUUUUUCCCAUGUGGUAUAAUUACACAGGAGUUGUGUAGCACCGGAACAAAGUUUUGUAUGAUUGCUUUUGGGGUGUUGUGCAUAUAGAUGUCAUAGAACAGGCCUCACACAUCCUCCCUUUCUCCUGCUUCAAACUAUCCCUCCCCCUCCGAUCUUACUUCCAUUUCAUAGUGUAGUCCAGGUCUCCUUAUUCCCUAGAUUCUGAGCCCAUGUGACUGCAUACGGUGGUGAUGAGUCCCCUCCGCAGGGUUUCGGUUAAGCACAAUUUCUCGAACAGAGUAGGGCUGGUUAUUGCUGUCCCUAUUACAACAGGCCUGGCCGCAAAGUCCUUCAAUUGUACGUAUAUGAAAAGAAUCUCUGUUACUGAGAUCUUUUUCUUGAGUUCUUGGAACAAGACUAUGUUGGCAUUUAGUUACAAGUGCAUGGCUCAUUCUAGUUACCUAAAGUUUUGAGCUCAAAUGCCCGGUAAAAAGUUCCUAUUUUUUGUAGCACAGGCUCAUUGGGGAGGCGAAAGGGGCUAGUGAGAAUUUGUCUGGAUGUGUCCCAUAAUUGAAUUGCCAGGCAAGACAUUUUGGUGAGGGCUCUUUGAUUUUAGAUGUAAAAUUGCAAGACUUGCCCCUUUAAUAGUGACUACAUCUUUCCACUGUCUCGCGUACAGGGGUGAGUGCCAUGUUAUCUCUUGAGCUAAUUGGGCUUUUAGGUAUUAUAGGUGUUAAAUGGGUUAGUCCCAAUCCUCCCCUGGCUUUGGCUAUAAUAUAUAAUUGGGCUAUUCUGUCUGCCACACAUGAAUUUCUGUGGCUAUUUGUAGGGUGGACAAAUAGUUUUUGGUGAUCUUAGUUGGCAUUGCCUGGAGGAGGAGUAAUAUUAAUUUUUACCUUAUAGAUAAACCCAAAUCUUGGAUUGGGUGUUAUCUAUCCAUGCUUCCAUGUCUUUGAUUGGUGUUCAAAUUAAGGGUGUGUAGUUUUCUGUUAAAGGUUUAGUAGGGUUCGCUGCCAUAUUGAUGCCCAGGGAUUUUAAGUGAUCACUGGCUAUUCGCACUCCAUGCGUCUCGAUAAUGUUCGCCAUGUCUGCAGCCGUCAGAUGUAGGGGCAUGGCCACUGAUUUUUGCAGGUUUGCUUUAUACCCCAAGAGUUCCCCGAAGGUCUACAGGACAGAGGUCAAGUGUUGCAACAAUGUUUUUGGUUCCAGUAGGGAAGAAAAUUUCCGUCAGUUCUCUAAACUCUUGGGAGGGAUCUGUUUUUUGUCUCUGCGAGCUAUAGUGCUUUUAGUAAGCCAAAUGAAUGUUUUGUUUUUUCUUUUGUGUGGUUAUUUUCAUAAGAUGCCCUCUAACAACUGCUUUGUGGGCAGUCCAGGUUAUCAGUGGUGAUACGUCAAGGGUAGAGUUGCUAGUAAAAAUUACGGUAUCUUAAGGAGAUGUCUCUUUUUAAAUACCAUUUUAGUUUUCCUGUAUAUCUUGCAAUCUACACAUUCUCUUUUAAAAACCUUGGUAAAAUGUUUCAGAUUGCUAUAAAGUGUGACUCCCUUUAGGGAUCAACGAUUAUCGGUCUGGCUGAUAUUCGGUAUUUUCGGCAAUAUCGGUAUCGGCAAAUAGAGAUACCGAUAUUGCUGAUAAUACAUACCAGGACCGCCGGGCCCAUGACAAGCCUGACAAGCGCUUACUUACCUUCCCAGCAGGUUCCUUCAGCUCCCCAUGUAAAUCUCGUGAGUCCCGCGGCCAUCAGAGCGUUGCCACUGCGAGAUUUAGACAGGGGAGCUGAAGGGAGCUGCUGGGAAGGUAAGUAAGCACUUGCUGCGGGCCACCACUGCACAGUCCAUACCACCAGGGAAUGCCAUAUCCCCCAUCCAUGGCCAAGUAAGAAGCAGGGAGGGGGGACUUAAAAAAAUAAAAAAUAAAAAAUAUUUUUAAAAAAUAAUUAAAUGCUCCCCUAUUUUACACAAAUUACAUACCUACACACACACUACACAAACACACUGCAUUCACUAUACACACACUACACAAACACACACACUCUGCAUUCAUUAUAUACACACACACUCUGGUCGAUCCCUAAUUCACUUUACAGAGCACAUGUCUAUCCAUUUGCUUGCUGUUUUACUAUCACCAUCUACAAGUGAGGAUAUUGCACUUACAUUUUGUUUGUCUUUCUUACUUCUAUGCCAUUGCAUAUCGUUAAAGAAUACAAAAAUGAGGCCUAUAAGCUUGGUCUUGAUGUCUCAUCAGUCAUGCAAGACAUGAGGUUACUUAUUGUAACACAAUAGCAUUCAUGUGCUUCCCUUAUAAGGAACACUACCUAAAAAAAUAUAUAUAUUUCUAUCUAGAUAUUUUUAUUUUUUUAAAUGUAGUGUUCCUUGUAAGUGAAGUAAAGAUUAAUAAAAAUAUUAAUAGCAUUAAGAUUAUAUAUAUCUUUUUACUUCCCUUAUAAGGAACACUACAUUUAAAAAAAAAAUAUAUAUAUAAUUUUUUUUUUUUUUUGUGUGUGUGUGUAAUAUACACACACAUACAUAUACACGUGUGUGUGUGUGUGUGUGUGUAUGUAAAUCAAACAUACAAAAUUAAUCCCUGCUCUCUGACUAAUCCUGGUUCCAAUACAUGCGAUCAAAACAAGUUACUUGCACACUAUUCCAAAUCCCUAAGGACAUUUAAAUAACUGGAGGUUUUUAACCCAUUAAGGACCAAACUUCUCAUAAAACGGAAUCAUGACAUGUCACACAUGUCAUGUGUCCUUAAGGGGUUAAGUAUCACUCCAAUGACCAACUUUAGCAUAUGGAUGUGGGAUCAUGCACAAGUAACUUUGUGUGUUUGUAAUAGUUUUUUUACAGACAUGUUACAUUGCUGCUGCUCACCCCAUGCAUUCUCUUUUAAAAGAUCACUAUAGUGUCAGGAAAACAGAGGUUUAAAACCCCUUCAACAGCUUACCUUUAUCUAGCGCCGGACUCCCUCAGCGCUGGUGAUCUCUCCUCCCCUGCCGAUGUCAGCUCCCUCUGCCGACGUCAGCGGAGCUGAAUGCGCAUGCGCGGCAAGCGCCGUGCACGCAUUCAAGCUGUCAAUAGGUAUUUUUCAAUGCUUUCCUAUGGACGCUCUGCGUGAUGGAGGCAUAAUAUGCCUCCAGCGUCGCAGCUGCGCCUCUAGUGGCUGUCCGGAAGACAGCCACUAGAGGCUGGCUUAACCCUGCAAUGUAAACAUAGCAGUUUCUCUGAAACUACUAUGUUUGCAUCUGCAGGGCUAAAACCUGAGGGACCUGGCACCCAGACCACUUCAUUGAGCUGAAGUGGUCUGGGUGACUAUAGUGUUCCUUAAAGGGUUAAAACGUGUGUAGGGUUUUAUAAAAAGUCUCAUUAGAGAUUUUGCCUUCUAGUUGAAACUUACUUAUGCCCUCCACCCCUUCCGGGGUAUGGGCCACCAAAGGUAGAGCUCCAGAGACUUGUCAUGGGCCAUUCUUUCUAGUUGACUCCAGGUGUAACCCAUCCUUGUGAUGUCUGCCUUGAGGUCGCGUCGCCAGGUGUUUCUUGGACGGCCUCUCUUUCUCUUUCCUUGGGGGUUCCACCUGAGAGCCUGCAUGGUGAUGUUGGUUGGCAGUUUGCAUCGGGUAUAUCCUAUCCAGCCCCAUUUUCUAUUCCAGAUUUCUGACUCUGCUGAAAGUUGGCAGGUCCUUUCCCAUAGGUUGGUGUUACUGAUGGUGUCUGGCCAGCGAAUGUGGAGAAUCCUUCUGAGACAGCAGUUGAUCAAUGUCUGGAUUCUUCUUUUGGUGGUUUUGGUUGUCCUCCAGGUUUCAGCCCCAUACAGCAGUACUGACUUCACAUUGGAGUUGAAAAGUCAGAUCUUGGUGGUCAAGAUUAGCUCUCUGGAAGCCCAGAUGUUCUUGAGCUGGAUGAAGGCGACUCUUGCUUUGCCGAUCCUUGCCUUUACAUCUGCAUCUGUUGCACCUUGCUGGUCGAUGGUGCUGCCCAGUUGAAAGCAACAAGAUAAAAUGUCAGUGUAGGACUCGCCUAAGAGGUUUUGAUUUGAUGUGGCAGGUGAGCUUAUACUUGGCCAUUGCAAUGGCCAUUAGAGUGAUACUAAAAAACGCGCAUAGGGAUUUGGGAUAGUGCGCAAGUAACUUUUAACAAUUUUGAUACAUAUACCACAAUGAAAACAUGCAUACAUUUUAUUUCUGCAUUUUCUUUCUUUAAAGUUCUAUCUUAAGCAGCUUGCAAAAAUUACAGAUCUCUUGCCUGCAGUCUUUGCAAGUCUACCCCUUCUUCACCAGAACACACGUUCAAUACUCCAUUCAGGGGCUUCUCACGGAGACUCCUCUGUGCGAGUUCUCAAUGCACGGUGCUUAAUACUUUAAAUAACUUGAAUGAUGUUUAUGAAUUUAAAAAUAUCAAAAUUAUUUUGAAAGAGAUACCUCAAGUAUGAUGCUCAGAUGUAUGUAAACAACUCUUAUAUGGUCAGUGUCCCUUUAAACACAAAUAUAAAGUCUGCUAGAGGGAACGAGGAACACUUGUACUAAUUAUUGCAAGUAGCCAGCUGCACAUUAAUCUUGUUGAAUGAUACUGGUUCUUACAAAACCAUUUUCUGCUCUUGCUAAACCGAUUAUUAAAUGUUUUAUUAACAACAUUUGUAAAAGUUGCAUAAUCCUUUUAGUGAAACUUUGUUGUGUUCGUUUAGAUUUAUGGUUUCCUUUCGAGCGAUAUGUAAAUUCCAAAAACUGCUAUACAACUUAAGCUACGUUGCAAGAGCAUAAACAAUUUUCAUUUUAACUCUUGACUGAUUUAAUUUCUUUCUUUUCAGUAUGCAGUUCUGUUCCUCUUGGGAUUGUUUGUCCUUGUACACAGAGAAUAACGUGGGGACUAUCGGUACAGACAGCAGCAAUUCACCUAUAGUUUGAUCAUCUGUAACUCAGCAGAGCAACAUACAAAAGGACAGACCUCAUCUAGUGUAAAGUUUUUUUUGUUGUUUUUUUUACAUUUGGAGACCAGUGUUUCUUAUAUAUAUUCUAUAAAUAUGUAUACCUUUUCCUGUGUUUACAGGGAUAAUAGAGUAUUUAAAGAUGGCCUGUAUCUCUGCCACAUUCCUCCACCUCGGUGGCAAACAACUGGCCAAAAAGUCAUAGCAACAUGCGCUGUUUACAGUUUUUUGCUUUUCAUAUUUUUUUUUAUAUAUCUAUAUAUACUUUGGGUGGAUUUUUUAUAUUAAAAUUUAAAGCCAAAGUUCUCAGCGUUUUUGUAAUAUUUUGAAGCUUUAUUCUAAAGUGCCUACUCUAGAAUUGUUUUGUGUGUCCUGAUAUUACAUUGAAUAAACCGUGGUCUAGAUUUGUAUAUGUGGCAAGAACAGUGUGAUUUUCAUGUAUCGCAACACAUACAAAUAACCCAAGCAGCAUCAUUGCGAGUACAAAGCCAAUCGUCCAAGCUUUUUAUCUGUAAUGACUAUAAUGGUUCUUUAAUCUUCUUCUAUUAACCAGAUGUCCGGUCAACUUCUUGCGAGAAUAAACAGAAACUUGAAAGAUA